UUCCGUGAACUACAUCACUCGCUCCUCCUACCUACAGAUGGCGGCUCCCCACAAACACAACAGCAUUUUCUUUCAUCAUGGAGUGUAUCGAAACAAUUUAUACAGUGGCUGACACACGUCCACCUGAUAGGAAACUGAAAGCAUGUAGCACAGGUCACUCAGAAGACUUUUAAAGACACCUAUCUGUGUUUCUUCAGUGUAAAAUGUCAAGUUUUCUCAAGCAGCACUUCACCUCUAUGGUGCAAGAAUUAAUUCCGCUUGGUGCUCCGCGACGUGACAGUGUAGCUGCCACACCACAUCCUGUGUCAUGUAGUCCACGUACUGAACCUUCUGAGAAGACUCCAAAACUCUUGAACUCACUGCCUAAUUGCAUCCAGCCCACCAAAAACCGUGAGCUGGAGCAGAGGGACAAGACCACUUCAGCUGCACUCAAAGCCUCCAACAAGAGACCAGAACAGGACCGUAUUCUCAGUGGCAAAGUUAUGAGAAAACUACAACCGAAUAAUGGCAACAUUUACUCCAGGAAGAAUGGCUCUGUCAUUCACACAGUUAAAAAGGACAUGCUACAGAGGAGCAGUUCUUACAAGAAGAACAAAGAACUUUCUUAUGCACUCAGUAAGGAGCUGAAUGAAAACUUAAGGCUCGGAGGAGGCUUGUUUCAGUCAGAUGCUAUGAAAGUCCAGAGACAUUCUCUUCCUUAUACAUCUCACUCCAGGCAUAACCCUGAGAGUAGUAGUUCCUGCUUAUUCCAGCAGAGACCUAAAGCAUCAGUUAAGACAGGGGAGCGGAUCAUCCACCAUCCUGAUCAGAAAAAAGAAAGACUGGAGAAUAGAGACCACAAAACCUCCUAUUGUAGUAACAUGUCCAUACAGAAGGUACAGGUAUUUUUGUUGAAUAAUUUUAUGUAUGAUUUCCACCUUUUUCAAAAAUUAAGCACCCCUCACCACAAAACUAAUCCAGCAGAGGACAGGAUGUCCCUGUCUGGAAAGAGAAAAAAGGAGGGUAGUACAGAAAAUGAGAAGGAAAUAAAACGCCCAUGUGUUGAUUUCCAACCCUCUACCAGCUCUGCCAAAUGUGCUUUCAUGAAGGGCAGCAAUGAGUCUGUGAUAACCAUUAAGGAGAAAUCCCAUAAAAUGCUUCCUGCUGCACCAAUCAGCAACAACAAACCCAGACUUCUGCCUUCCCCCCCCAGGCAGCUGUUUAAACCAAGUAAGGACUCAAACGCAGCAAGUGACAAACCUAACUCAUUUCAACUCACUAAAUCUCCCACAAUUGCAGAGCAAAAAGACGUUAUGGUGACGCAUGCCAACAAAAAUCCCAAAGCUCCACCCAGCCAACCACAUUCACGCAAAGUCUCUCCGAAGUCAAGCUCAAUGUUCGACAGCAUCGAGACGCAACUCUUUACACCAGACUGUUGCUUACCAUCGCCCAAAACGCAUAAUAAAAAAACAAAUGCUGAGAGAGAAACUUGCAAACAAACAAGCCUCUCUUCCAACCAUAAGGAGAGUGAUAAAAUUGUCUCGUCCCCCCAUCAUCUCGAUCUAAAGUCACCCUGCAUUGCAAAACAAGCCGGUUCAUGUAAGAUGGAAACGGAUGAAAGAAUACAGUUGAAAGUGGAGCAGUCACGCAGCCCCAAGGCUAUCAUGCCUGUCCCAGCAGUGUCGUUGAAUGUAGAAGGAUCAAGAGAACAGAAGUGCUGCCCCCAGUGGAAAGAUCCCUUAGAUAUUGAGUUGGGAGACGACUCUGGCGAUGAGCUGAGAGAGCACUGCAAUAUCAGUCUGAGCAGCAGCAGCAGUGGUCUUGAAGAUGAGCCGCUGCCAUCUCUGGAGAAGCUGAUGAGUCGGAGAGACCAUGUGCCUGUUACUCCCGAAAAAGAUGCUUUUUCAGAGCCCAACACACCUGUCUCAAAAGUAGCACCAGAGGCAGUCAAAACCAAAGCCGUUAGUUAUCGAAAUACACUGGAGCAGAUGCUGCAAGAGAGGGAACAAUAUCAGAGGUCAAAAGAGUUGGAGAGACAAUUACUUGAGUCAUGUGAAGAUGAUCUGCUGAAUAUAGAUGAGAUUGAGAACAGUGAAAGUAAAGAGGAAGACAUCUCACUUGAGCAAAGGAAAUUUUUGCAAAGGUUUUCGGUUGCCUCAUGUGCCAUCAGGGAUAUCCACCCAGGAGAGGAAAUAUUCCUGCCUACUAGGUUUGGUCGACUCUUCAACCACCAGACUCUGGACCUGAGGAAGAUUACUGUGACGCCGCAUAACAAAUCACAACAAAUUAUCUUUAAGGCCCAUAAUGAGCAUGUGCUGUCUCUGAUCAGUGCUGGCUUGUUGAGGAAAGCCUACUUUUCUUUUCCUUGUCAGCCUGAGGUUACACGCUGGCUUUUCCAGAUGAUGUCAGUUUACCCAAACCCAAUUAUUUCCUCACACAUCAUGCAGUCCUUGCAAACCAUUGCUCUGUCUGCUGCUCAACACAUAGUUGAACACCAGAGCCAAAGUUUUAAAGUGUGGGUACCCUCUGUACGGGACAUCACCCUGGUUUUCCUGAACAUGGGGGCAUCAUUCAUCAGUCUGUUCCCUCUUGAGGCUCUGCAACCCCCUUUUACUGAAGGAGAUCUUUUAGAGAGCUUUCAGCAGGAAGAAACCAGCCAAGACAGAGUGAUAUCUGACAUGAAAGACAAUGGCACUUUACUGACACAUAAUUUGGAGAGUGUUCUCAACUACCUCUCCCUGUGUACUACAUUGUGUCCGAGAGCAUACACUGAUGAGGAGCUGGUCUUGCUUCUCACAGUGGUGUGUAGAAUUGGACUGGAGACUCAUUUUCAGCUGCUGCCAACUGGACACUUAAGCAUCCUGCUCCAGAAUCUGCUUAAAAAUAUCACAGGCUGGGAUGAACAGAUAUCUAAAGUUUGUCAGACCCUGACUGAUUUGUCAGAAGACCAUCACAAUCUCAGGAGACUUGUUUAUCUUCUUCCAGAUAGCAGUCGUGGAAAGCAAUUAAAACGACACCUCAGUGUAUCUAUCAUCUCAAAGCUUUUGAAUCACACCUGCACUUAUAAACCCUCAGGGACAGAGUUUAAGCUGUCUGAGCUGAAACCUUUCCUACCUCAAAUGCGUCCCUCGUCCCUACUAAAAGUCCUCAGGUCUGCAAGGAGUGCAGAAGAUUGUGAUACCAAUCUAGACCAACAAGCAUAUUACCUCUGCUACAGCCUUUUGACUUUGACAAAUGAAGCCUCCAAUUUUGAGUUUUUACCCUCAGCUCAGAGAGACGAUCUGCAGAGUCUUUCUUCUCAGCUGGAGAAGCACAUUAAGUGUGACAUAAGGGAGAGUGAGAAAAUGCUGUAUAGGAGCAAGGUGAAAGACUUUGUGGCAAGGAUAUACACCAAGUGGCAGGUGCUUCUAACACGAUCAAGGCCUCAGGAGGGAAAGCUGUAUGAUUACUGGAAGCCCCCACCAGAGGAUGAGGUGUCCAGCUGUCCUCAAGACAAGUCAUGCAUCAAAUCACAAGAUAAUUCAGAGAGUGCAGAAGAAACGCUGACCGGAGAGUGGAGCGGUGCAGAUUCAGAUGAAGAUGCUGAGAGCAAAGAGGAAGAUUGUGAGGAACCUCAGCCUCUGGAGAGUGAGGUGAAGAUUGAACAGGGUGAUGAAGAUUGUGUGGAAGACAUCAGUGAUGUAGAGGAGGAAAAGGAUGAGCCAAAGCAACAGAUGAUGGAACUUGAGGACGAUAGAAAGUUUGAACCAAUAUCUGAUGAUGAGCUGUCUGAAACUCAUGAAGACUCAGAGUGUGAGGAACCUCAUCCUCUGGAGAGUGAGGAGAAGACCGAACAGAGUGAUGAAGAUUGUGUGGAAGACAUCAGUGAUGUAGAGGAGGAUAAGGAUGAGCCAAAGCAACCAAUGAUGGAACUUGAGGACGAUAGAAAGUUUGAACCAAUAUCUGAUGAAGAGCUGAAUGAAACUCGUGAAGACUCAGAGUAUGAGGAUGAUGAGGAUCUCAUGAACAGAGAAGAGGAGCUUCUAAAAGAUGAAGAGCCUCAUGAGUAAAUCAUAAAGUACAUACCUGUAUAAGAAAUCACUGAGGGGUUAGAGAUGCUAGAGAACUUGUUAGAGAAAAUCAAAGAGCUGUUGGAGAUGAAAGAGGAAAAAUAAGGAAGGAGUUUGAGAGGGAUGGGUUUGGAGGCGUCUGAGAAAGAACAGAACUAUUCUCAGGUCAUUUUGAGAGAAUUUUACACUGCACCUUUGCCUCCAUCCAUGCAUAAAUACUAUGUGGGGUUUUUUGCAUUCAUUAAUUGUUAUAGAAUCUUUCAAUAACACACAUCAUGCAUGUAGUUGUUUACAUGUUGUUUAUAAUAUAUUUUGUAUGUUUUUUGCAUUUACCGGUUGUUUUUUACAAGAUUCUUCUUUUUUAAGAUAUAGGGUGUCUUAUUGAAUAUUUGGCCUCUGUGUCUCUGAAAAUGAGACCAUGAGAACAUAUUUUUAUAUCCAUAUAUUUCAUAAGUUAUUAUUUGUAUUAUCUGGUUAGUGUGCACUCUGAUAGUUUACAGGAUCUACUCUUUAUGCUGCUGUCUAAUCUAUUCCAUUUUUUUUACUUUUCCAAAAAUCUGGGCCAUCUUUAACCAUAAAAUAUUAACAGCAAAAGCAAGGGCUUUAAUAAUAGUCAACUUUUUAUGUGGGUUCCAAAGCAUCAGAGUAGGUUUGAGUACAGAGUGAAUAUAAGUGUGUUUUUAUUAUUUUGUAAGCAAUCCAGUCUUUCUCGAAAAAGACACAAUUGAGAGUGAUUUUUGUCAUAAAGAUUAUUUAAAAACUGAUUUCUGUAUUUCUUAAAUAGUGUGAGAUAAAAUCCUUUGGUUAUUUCUAUGAAAAUAAAUACUUGUUCUAAUAAAAAA